AAAUCUGAAAUCUCUUCCCAAUCAUUCCUGUCGGCAACCACAAAAUCACAUGCUCAUAUUUCAUUUCUCAUUUUACAUUCAAACUCAAACUCAAACACAACACUGCAACACUCGCUUCAUUUGGAGUUCGCCAAGUGAAAAAAGAGUCAAUCUUUUAGUGUUUCCGUCAAUGUGUUUGUGUUUUGUUUAAGUUUCUAGUCAAACUGAUAGAGCAGAGUUAGAAUCUUUUGAGUUCUGAUUCAAUGUUGGUCCAAGAUCGUUCUCUUCCAAAAUCUCCUAAAUCCCAGAUCAGAUCGUCCCUUCCUCGUUUUAGUGAAUCCAAAUCUCUUGAUUUCUCCACAUGGGUAUCUGAGAAUCUGUACAAAAUUGUUGUUAUUAUUCUUUUGAUUAGCACCAUAGUUGGUCUUUUUUACCUUCGGAAUUACAGUGAUAGAACUAAUCUUCUUCAGACUACGUCCAAAGAACACUCUCCAAAUGCAAUUAAGUUACCUGAAAUCAAGUGGAAUUCAAUCCAGCGCAUAACUGAUACAUCGUCUGUGUAUAAUAAGUUUCGAUCAGAGAAAUGGAUUAUUGUUUCGGUGGGUAGGUACCCGACUGAUUCGUUGAAGAAGUUGGUGAAGAUCAAGGGAUGGCAAGUGCUGGCAAUGGGGAAUUCGAGGACUCCUAAAGAUUGGAGCUUGAAAGGUGCGAUUUUUUUGUCUUUGGAUAUGCAAGCGAAUUUGGGUUUUCGUGUUUUGGAUUUCUUGCCUUAUGAUUCUUAUGUUAGGAAAACUUGUGGGUAUUUGUUUGCUAUACAACAUGGUGCUAAAAAGAUCUUUGAUGCUGAUGAUAGAGGGGAUGUUAUUGGGGAUGAUUUAGGUAAACAUUUUGAUGUAGAGUUAGUUGGUGAAGGUGCUAGGCAAGAAACUUUAUUGCAGUAUAGUCAUGACAAUCCUAAUAGGACUGUUGUUAACCCUUAUGUGCAUUUCGGGCAACGGUCCGUCUGGCCUAGGGGAUUGCCAUUGGAAAAUGUAGGUGAAAUUGGUCAUGAAGAGUUUUAUACUGAGGUUUUUGGUGGAAAACAGUUUAUACAACAAGGGAUUUCGAAUGGGUUGCCAGACGUUGAUUCAGUUUUUUAUUUUACUAGGAAAUCUGGUUUGGAAGCUUUUGAUAUCCGGUUUGAUGAUCGUGCCCCGAAAGUUGCGUUGCCGCAGGGGAUGAUGGUGCCAGUGAAUUCGUUUAAUACAAUUUAUCAUUCUUCAGCAUUUUGGGCAUUGAUGCUUCCUGUUUCUGUUAGUACAAUGGCAUCAGAUGUGCUGAGGGGUUAUUGGGGACAAAGGCUAUUGUGGGAGAUUGGUGGUUAUGUUGUGGUUUAUCCACCUACGGUUCAUCGAUAUGAUAAAAUUGAGGCAUAUCCUUUUUCAGAGGAGAAAGAUCUUCAUGUGAAUGUGGGUCGUAUGAUUAAGUUCUUGAUUUCAUGGAGAUCAAACAAGCAUAGGUUGUUUGAGAAGAUUUUAGAAUUGAGUCAUGCUAUGGCAGAAGAAGGGUUUUGGACUGAGCAGGAUUUGAGGUUUACUGCUGCUUGGCUUCAGGACUUGCUUGCUGUUGGAUACCAGCAGCCAAGGCUAAUGUCAUUAGAACUGGAUCGGCCACGGGCAAAUAUUGGUCAUGGGGAUAGGAAGGAGUUUGUCCCUCGCAAGUUGCCCUCCAUCCAUCUUGGAGUUGAGGAAACUGGGACUGUAGAUUAUGAGAUUGGGAAUUUGAUUCGGUGGAGGAAGAAUUUUGGGAAGGUUGUGCUCAUUAUGUUCUGCAAUGGGCCUGUAGAGCGUACUGCUUUAGAAUGGAGACUGCUUUAUGGAAGGAUAUUCAAAACUGUGAUUAUUUUGUCAGAGCAGGAGAAUGAAGAUCUUGCUGUUCAAGCAGGCCACUUGGACCAAGUGUACAAGUAUUUGCCCAAGAUCUUUGAACGGUAUAGCAGUGCAGAAGGCUUUUUAUUCCUUCAGGAUGAUACCAUUCUUAAUUACUGGAAUUUGUUGCAAGCGGACAAGAAUAAGCUCUGGAUCACUGAUACGGUGUCAAAAUCUUGGACUACUGUGUCAACCAGUGGAAACUCAGAGUGGUAUUCAAAACAAGCAGAGAUGGUAAAAGAAGUAGUUAGAACGAUGCCGGCUCACUUCCAAGUCAACUACAAGGAAGCUAUGAAAAGUGACCAAAGCCUUACUAUAUGUAGUUCUGAGAUAUUUUACAUCCCUCAGCACCUUGCUUCUGACUUCGUUGAUCUUGUUAAUCUGGUCGGCAAUUUAGAAAUGCAUUACAAGGUUGCCAUACCCAUGUUCUUCACAGCAAUGGAUUCACCGCAAAAUUUUGACUCCGUAUUUAGUACAAUGAUCUAUAAGAGGAAAUUGCCACCUUCUAAUUCAACCUUCUAUUCUGUUGAAGCGCCCGCUGUUCACCCAUGGAAUGUGUCAAGUGAACAGGAUUUCAUAAAACUGAUAAGAAUAAUGGCAGAAGGUGACCCUCUCCUGUUGGAGUUAGUUUGAUGGUAAGAGCAACUUUGAUACAUAAAAGAACCACAAAUAGAGAGGAGAAAAAACAUGUACCAUCACUUUGUAACUUUAAUACUAAAUUCUAUUUUCUUUUUAUUUUUUU